AAGUGGUAAAUUUGAGGAGUAAUGUGUGUACUAUUUGAAUGGCGGCUGAAACUGAUCAAAGCUUCAGCACUAGAAAAUCCUUGGAUCGACAUAUAGUAAAAUCCUUUCACCUUAAUUGCAAUACAAAGGGUCUUCUCUCCUUCAAAUUUUGCGGCAAAAUCCCCUCUUAGCAGGGUAAGUCUUCAUAGAAUUUUUAUUAUUAUUUUUUCAGUAAAACCAAAACCGGAAUCCCCACAGAUUACAUCGGUGUUGAUGUGCUUACUCAACAAGGUGGCGCAUCAAAGGGGGUCAGGUGAGUACGUCAGGUUUCCUCCUGCUGGAUAUGGCGGUGCUGAAGAACAACAAGAUGGCUACUCCCAUCAAAUACAAUCCCAGCAGAACCAACCGAUGAUGAUGCAGCAGUAUGGAAACCGAGCACAAGCAACCCAGAUGUCUGGCCUGACGCAUGGUGUUUCCGGACAAAGGGCUGCUGCUUACGGUGCUAACUUAGCUGGCAUGGCCUCAUCUAGUUUUGGCUACAGUGGCUCGGCCUCAGCUGCUCCACCUUCACCUUCACCUUCUGCUUCCCCUUCUGGUUCUGGUUCCGGUUCCGGUUCCGGCUCUGGUCUCUGGAUUGGUCAGAAACGAGGGCGUGAAGAAGAGGUCACUGCUCAAUUCAUUGAGUCUUUACCAAGGGUUCAAAGAAAUUUUGCUGGUUUUAGAGGCUCCAUUGCUGAUUCAUCAUGUGGUGCAACUACGGUUGCUGAAGAAACUGCAAGCACUGUUGCACCACCAACUACAUCAACAGAAACAUCAACAGCAGCCUAUGAAGAAACCGCGGAGCGGAGGAGAUAUAGAGGCGUUAGGCAAAGGCCGUGGGGAAAAUGGGCAGCAGAAAUACGUGAUCCGCACAAGGCAGCAAGAGUUUGGCUUGGUACGUUUGAUACAGCAGAAGCUGCUGCAAGAGCAUAUGAUGAAGCUGCCUUGAGAUUCAGGGGAAACAGGGCCAAGUUAAAUUUCCCGGAAAAUGUCAGGCUUGUUCCUCAACAAAUGCAGAAUUUUCCUGCUACCCAAACAUCAGUUUCUAGUUCUCUAACAACGCAUUUUCCAGCUUCUGGUUCUACUUCAAUGCCAACAUAUUACGAUUCCCUACCUCUUCAGAGCUCUGCAAAUGAUAUGCUGAGAGACUACUGGCAGUACUCUCAGUUGCUACAGAAUUCUGGUGAUUUGCAUGGGCAACAAGCUACAAGCUUGGUAGACCAAAUGAUUCAAUAUUCUCAGUUCGCUAAUAUCCAGCAGCCAAUGGUGUCGUCGUCUUUUCCAUCUUUGCCGCCUUCUUUUGCGGCUUCUGGGUCAUCAUCAUCAUCAUCAUCUUCCUCUGCUUCUUUUCCUCUGCUUUUUGCUGAGCAGCAACAAAUGAGCAUUUUCAGGCAACCGUCUGAUCGAACUCAGGCAAGUGAGUCAGAUUUUCCGGUGCCGCCGUGGUCUCAUCCUAGUCAUUGUCCUUCAUCCUCUGGUUAAUAAUAGUAAUCUCAUUUUUUAUAUAUAAAUAUUUUUGAAAAAAUUAGAACAUGUUUUCCCUUCUUAUUUAUUAUAUUUUUUUGUUCAACUUGUAUUUUCGUGUAGUAUAAAGUAAAUAGGGGAUAAAAACACAAGGAUCUAGGAUUUUAUGAAACUCAAAAAGUUAGAAGCCGAAGAUUCAUUAAUGAUGUACUUUGUUGUUGUUUAUUAAAGAAGAAAUCUUGUUGUGCUUGAUAAUUA